AUGCAGCUGAGCAUGCUGCUGCAGCCCAGAGCCAGCAUGAGGUUGGAACACUCCCAUGUGAUCCCGUACACCGGAUCCAUACCUGGUGGGCUGCACACCGGGGAGAUCAUCAUCGUCCAGGGCACCGUCCCGCCAGACGCUGACAGGUUCCACAUCGAUCUGUCAAGCGGAUGCAGUACUAAGCCAUGCUCCGACAUCGCCAUGCGAUUCAACGCCUGCUUCGAGGGCACACCUAGCGUCACCUGCAACUCCCUCACGCAGGAGCGCUGGGGCCAGGAACAGACGCUCCAGCAGCUCCCCUACAAACAGGGAGCGCCCUUCGAGACCAUCAUACUAGUGCACGAAGACGUCUUCAAGAGUUUACCUUACAAAGGCAGUAUACUCAAGGGGCUGAAACCAGGGCAACACAUCACAAUCAAGGGACAAGUCAGCAUGUACCCUCACAGUUUCACGGUGAACCUUCGCAAUAGCAGGACAGAGAACAUCGCUCUCCACCUGAACCCGCGCAUCAAGUCGGGCGUGUUCAUCAGGAACUCGUACCUGGGCGAGGCGUGGGGCUACGAGGAGAGGGAGCUGCCCUUCUUCCCCUUCUCCCCGGGGGAGUACUUUGAGAUCCUGAUGCUCUGCCAGCCCCACCAGUUCAAGCUGGCGGUCAACGGCUGCCACCUGCUAGAGUUCCGGCACCGGGUGCAAGACCUGAGCAGCAUCGACCAGCUGGAGAUCAUGGGAGACCUGGAGCUCAGCGACGUCAAGCUGUGGUGA